CACACUCGGAUUCUGUGAUGCCCAAAUACCCUGAAAACGAACUGUGUCAACUUCAAUAAUGUCACCAUCUACCACCUGAGUUCCAAUGAAAACGCAGCAAAAUCCAAAGAAAUUUUGGCCUACAUUUGCGCUUUUCUUUUUGAUCAACUCUCCAUUCAACAUCAGUAAAUUGUCGAGGGCAGCCUCCCAAAUCUUUCUGAAAGUCACACUAUAAAAGUCGAACUAGAAAAAUUGAUUGAAUUUCUCACUGUCUGGAGAUGCCCAAGCCGGCCGCGGCGAGGGUAUCGAUGCGGAGUGAGGACACGGCAAGUUUCACUGUUUUCCCCCUUCCUUCGCUCUCCUCCUGCACAGAGACAGUUCCGCUGGCUCUGACGGCGCAUAUGUGUGCUAGAGUGAAACGUAGGAGUUGCAGGUUCCGGAGAGGAGCUGCAAACGGCGACGACCGAACGGCGCGCAUCGUGAAGACGAUAACUGGGGGUCAAAGGUUGAAAUAAGUCGUAACCUUAGUUUCUGCGCGAGUUUCUGGCCGUAGAGCGAGACAUGGAGAGAAGUUCCGAGCCUUCGAAGGACAGGAGAGUCUUGUCCAUUCAGAGUCACGUGGUGCACGGUCACGUGGGCAACAGCGCGGCCGUUUUCCCGCUACAGGUACUAGGAUGCGAUGUAGAUGCAAUAAACUCGGUUCAGUUCUCCAAUCAUACUGGAUAUAAGGAAUAUAGAGGUCAGGUGUUGGACUCUGACAAUCUCGAUGCACUUAUCACCGGUCUGCGCAGUAACAGUCUCCUCAAAUACACUCACAUCCUGACUGGCUACUGUGGGGAGAAGUCUUUCCUCGAGAAAAUUCUCGAUGUCGUGACGGAGUUGAAGAGAGCCUCACCCAACUGCCUAUUCCUGUGCGAUCCUGUACUAGGAGAUGAUGGAAAGAUGUAUGUGCCGAGUGAGCUGAUAGACGUGUACAGAGAGAGGAUCGUUCCGUCUGCUGAUAUUCUCACUCCUAACCAGUUUGAACUGGAGUUACUCAGUGGAGCCAAGGUUACCAGCGAAGAGGAAGCCUUAAAGGCAAUAGAUUGUCUACUCUCAAGAGGAUCUAAGUGUGUGAUAGUCACAAGUAUUGAGCUACCCUCUUCCACAGACACUCUGGUAUUGUUGGGGAAAUCCGAGAAAGGUGAAGUGGCAAGAAUCGAGAUUCCGAAACUUGAAGGGCCAUUUCGUGGGAACUGGGGACCUCUUCUCUGCCCUCCUGUUGGCAUGGAGCCACCUCGACCUACAGUUAUCGUGUGAAAAGGCAGUUGGGACAAUGCAAGCUGUGCUUCAGAGGACACUGCAGUACUCCAAAGCCUCAGGCCGAGUGCAUGAUCCUGAUUCAAUGGAACUGAGAUUAGUUCAGAGCAAACAGGACAUCGAGACUCCGCCCACAUUACAAGUCGCCACGGAGACAAUGAAAUCAUGCAUGCAAAACUCCUGAAUCUCAA